UUCUUCCAGAGCCUCCGGCGGACGCACUUUCUCCAGCUGCGCCGUCGUGAAAGGAGGAGCGCGCGCGCAGUCGUAUUGGGACGACGGAGGUUGUCGGCUCUGCGCUGGUGUGGCGCCCCCCGUUCUGUUGCUGCAGCUGCGGCACCGCUGCUCGGAUUCGACGCGCAGGGCCCGCAUGCGGCCCCAACAGGCACGCGAACCCGUGGCCUUCUGGUGUGGACAGCGUGCUCCUCUUGUGCCAUGAGCGUGGAUCUCGUGAGAGCCCUGCCCAACGGUGAGCCCGGGCCGUGCGCGGCGGCCAGAGCCUCGAUGCUGUCGCUGCGGCAGCCCGACUACCUGUCCCCGCUGUGCGGCGGUGGCGGCUCGGACCGCAAGGUGCGCAGUGCCUCGGAGGGGGGCCCCGACUGGGCGUCCAUGAGCGGCGCACCGCCCGUUGAAGCGCCCCCGGCCGACCCCUGGUUCCGGCCGCCCGACUACCCGUCCUUUUAUCCACGCAUCCCCUUCCCGCUGGCAGCGUAUGGGGCACCACCGCCGGCCUCUCUGCUGGCCAGCCGGCGACCCUAUCCGCAGCCAGAGCCACCACCGCUGCCACCGCCGCCGCCGACGUUCCAGACCCGGCGCCGGUCGCCGCCAAGCCCGCCGUACCGACUACCCAGUGGCAAGGAGGGCAGCCUCAAGCAUCGCAUUCUUCAGCCGCCGGCCAGUAUCAACAUCGUUGACCCCCCGGCCUCGCUGCUUGCUGGCGCGCCACUGUCGGCGCCGCCUGUGCGCAGCCGAGCUCCCCAGGGUCCCCAGCUGGCUGUUGCAGCAAGCAGCACCAGUGCCAGCAGCAGCAGCAGCAGCAGCAGUGCCCAAGUACCCGGUGCUCUACACUACCCCGCCUAUUUUGUCAAAGGCUCCAUCAUCCAGCUGGGUAGUGGUCUGCUCAAGAAAGUUGAAGACUUGCGUACCGAGGAUUUCGUGAGUAGUGCCAACCUGAGCCGAGACCUACGUAUCGAUUCGAGCCGGGUGUUGCGUGUUGCUGAGGCACCCUCGAAGGGUGAUGGUGUUGCCCUGCUGAGCUUCUCAGUCGGCCAGAACCAGGUCCAGGUGACAGUGGAGGCACCGGUAGAGCACCCUUUCUUUGUCUUCAACCGCGGUUGGUCUUCCUGCAAUCCUGAGCGCUCUCUCCAGCGCUACCAGCUCCAGUGCCACAGGCUGAGUGUUGGCGAUGUCUGCAUCUCGCUCACACAUCGUGCUCGCCGAGCAGGACUGCCCCCACGACCACCCCCUGCAGCCCCUGGGGCGGACCCGAUGAACCCACUGAGCAUCCGUGAGCCAGCAGCCCGUAAGCGCCGCUGGUCUGCCCCAGACCAAGUGGCUCCUGUGUCGGAGAGGACCACGUGAUGCAGUGCUGUGAUGACUGGUAUUUUUCCUCGUGGCCUCCCUGCCGCAUUCCUCUCCAGGACCAGUGGGCUCUUCCAGCUGGGAGGAGCAGGCUGCACAUCCAACCACCAUGUGACUUAGCUGUCUACUUACGGAUUUGGGUAUGCGAUGGCCAUUUGAGGGCUCCCCGGUUAAUCAGAACUCUGAUGUCGGGCUCCCUAAAUUUGUCCGCGCUUAAGUAUACCCUAAUGGGCCUCUAGACUGCCUGUCGCCAUGUGCUUGUCUCCGAGGCACAAAUUGUGCUCUUGGAGACCCAAAGAACUGUCGGUUCCAUAGCAGAGCCAUAUGUACACAAGAUCUCUCAAUCUGGGUAGAAAGACCUCCCAAAGAAUAUUUUUCAAGUGAAAAGGCUCCAUUUUUAGAGCUAGCCAUACCAGGAAACAUUGCCGAAGGCCAGUUAAAACGGAUUUUUUUGGGGAAGUUGUCCAAAUCUAAGUCACCCAGAGAGCGAAGUGCUCCAAUCAAUAUUUGCAAAAUGAGAUUGAUCUCACUGCCUGGACCAAGGCAACUCCGAAUUCUGAUACUGAGGCUCUCUUGGAAGUUAACAGCAGACUCCUUGCUCUCUGCAGAGACCAUGCUGGCCAUGGGUGUUGUGUUUUGGCGAUCUCCAGCAAUGUUUGCUACUUGUUUUUGUUUGUUGUUUAAUACCUCUGUAAUUGUUUGUGCUCCCUCACCAAACAUGUUUGUUACUGCAUUCGUUAUAUUGCCAUUGUCUGUUUGGGUGCUUCUUCUUGCUCAGCCAGACACGCCAUUCUGUAAUGGGCAAAAGUCGUCAGCUCAAGCCCUGGCUGUCUUUGUGGCUGCUUACGCAAAGCCCACAUUAGUGAUGCCAAAAGGUAACGGACUAAAGGCAAGUCCAUGUGUUCAUAUUAAGUGCUUACACAGGGUCCUUGUUGACUGAAGCCAAUUGAAAUGCUAGUGAAACCUGCCCCUGCAGAAAUCUUACUGAUUGUAGGCCACAGCUAGUGUAGGCACAUUGGAGUGCCAGCAAAAGUUCAGUGCCUUCUUGCUGCCGGAGAAGCCCAGAAACAAGUACUGUCUGUUGCUUCCUAAAUAUCGCCAUCAUACAGUAGUGCAUUUGCAUACCUGCCAACUCUCCUGAUUUGCCUGGGAAAAUGUCGAAUUUUGAGCACUCUCUUCCUUUGCAUGGGCAUAGCCGUAAAUAUACCGAAAAACAGCCCUAAUCACCACUGCUAAAACAAAAUAACAAAGCAAAAAGGUUAUCAAGAGAGCUGGUCUUGAGGAACUCCUAGGGCUUUCCAGAGAGGCUACGAGACCCCCCCCCCCCCCCCGCUUCCCAACAAUAUAGAGGAAGACUGGGGAAGGAGGGGGAAGAAGGGGGUCUUUGGCUGUGCCUUUGAUCAAAUUAGCAGUGUCACUGCAUUUGCAUGUGACCUUCGUUAUUUGCAAUUCAACGUGUUUAUUUUUAGAUGCGAAGCAGCUCUGACUAGUCGGUGUAAUGCUGUUCGUGUCUCCGUGCCAACGCGCAGCAUCGCGUCGGCACAGAGAGACGUACGAACAACUCACCACAACAGACAACGCGCUGCGUAGCGUUUGAUGCCUGGGUGCCAACGCGCUGCACCGCGUUGGCACCCUGCACCGCGUUGGCACCCAGGCAUCAAACACGCCGACAGUGGAAGGCCAACUCCGGUGAAUUUUCGCUGCCAUCGGCAACGUCUCAAAAGCGCUGCGCGCCCUCGGCGAAAGCGCCUACCCGCAAGCGCCGGGCUCCGCCGGCCGAUCCGGAGGCCACCUGGAAGAACGAUCCGGAAUCUCUUGAAGACGCUCUUGCCCCGAGUUCGUUGCCAUGCACGUUGGCGACGUCGCAAUCCUCAUGCUGUACCUUGCUCCCAACCUUCAGUGCUGUCCGGAGGAGGCGCUGACUGAUUCCGGCGAGGCGUGACAAUCUCGGAAGACUUCAAUGUUGACGUCAGCGAAAGAGGAGGAGAAUGGCUUGUCGAUUACAUGCGUGACGUGCACUCGCUGAAGUGCGUGUCGGCGGAACGGAAACUACCCACCACGAUAAGGGGAACGUGCAUCGAUCUGAUCUGUGGCAACUUAGACGUAGAAUGUGUGCAGGAACCUUUCAGCAUGCACUUCAGCGAUCACAAGGCCGUGGUGGUCAAGGCGAAAAGCGCGCCAGCUUCGUUUCACUGCCCGUGUCCACUCUGAAGAAACGACAAGAAUUAUGCCAGCCAUCGCUUCAAACAAAUCUUCCAGUCAUUUUUGUGCUUUUGAAACUAAUUUAAUAAGGUAAAUUGUUGACGUUUAACGUCGCAGAAACGACGACAUGACUAUGAGAGAUGUCAUACUGGAGGGCUCCAAAAAUUUCGACCACCUGGGGCUCUUCAACACGCGCCUAAAUCUAAAAACACCGGCCUUAAGCGUUUUUCCCUCUGUCAAAAAUGCACUUCUGAAGAAAUGGGUUUCUUAUGUUCUGCAGGAUUUAAUUUUGAGACCGUCUUUAGCUGCCAUUCAUGAUAAAAGUUGAUGACGUUAAUGAGUUGGCUAUAAUUUUUCCAAUGAAUGGCAGUACUUGGCCUCUACGAUAUUAGGUGGUAUUUACGGGUUAACUACCUCCCUUUAUUGAAAGCAUCGGUAAUGGCCUGCACUUACGGUUUACUACCUCCCCUUAUUGAAAGCAUCGUUAAUGGCCUACACUGGAAACCGACUAUAGUAUCGCUGCAGGUGUGUCAACAUCCGUUGGACGCUGGUGAAAAAAAUGCUGUAACGUGUGGUUCCGGUGUUUAGUGAUGGUUUUAACCCAACGCUGCACUGAAGUUUUUCACAAUUAUUGGUUACAUAUUCGUGCUUCUUAAUGAGGUUAGACACACGUUUGGAAUGGGUUUACCGCAGUGUUUAUUUCGCAUGCCACACAUUGUGCCUCGCAUGGUCACAGUUGUGAAGGAGUCUAAUGACCGGUUGAAUGCGUUUCACACUCUGCCGAAGUGCCGCUGGAGAAACUCCCACCGAAAGCAGGUGUUCAGCCCGGGGGACGCACUCUUGCAAUCGUCACGACGCUGUUGUGCCCGCAACGCGUUGCAAGUGUGACAAGCUAACUCGUCGGCAUGGUUUGCAGGAUCCGCCCGCCACCGGCCCUUGCAUUCCCAUUCGCAAUUUAGUGUGGCUCGGAAGGCUGCCUAAUCAUCGGUAUGCAGUUGCUGCCAACGCUAGACCUCCCUGGCAUGUUUUUGUAUCGGCCCGGUGAAUGCCAGCUCUCACAUUUGCACUGACUGUCAGCGCUUUUCUAGAGUUGUCCGUGACCUACUCAAGUGGAAGCUUUCAGUAGCAACUCAGCUAAGACAGGAUGGACAACGUCACUCACAACGCAGCCAAUGGUGCGCGUGCUAAGAUGUAUAAGCGCUAGCUGUUGGGCCAGUUGGUGAAUCGUGAACUGAGAAAUGGGGUACCAGCGAAUACAAAGAAACACGUUCACAAGUACAGUUAAAAGUCCCACAUUCGUCUUCUUGUGUCAGGCUUCCGGUGUUGUCCGUGGCCGUGUCCACGUGCUGGCAAGUGUUAUCUCUCUGUUCUUACUCCCUCUCCCAUAGCAACAGCUGCAGGUGCGCGCGCUUAUCCUCGCCCCUAAAAACCGGAGCAUGGGGUGCGAGAGUGUAGGAGAGGCUAGGUGCAAUUCUUCGCCUCUCAUUUCCUCGCCAUUCGCUCACUCUUUCGUCCGCUUGCGCCUCACUCUCGGAUCGUUUCCUGGCUGGACGCCUGUCAAGAACAUCCAGCAAUGUGUGCUUGAAACGCCACUGUGAAAUGCCAAUGUCAAGCCUAGAAUGCUGUUUCUUUAGUUCACUUCAUAGUAUAUUUAACCGUGCAUGCUAGGUACUAGAGCUGGAAAUGCAUGCUGCGUUUCUCGCGACAGAAAAACGCCACGUGUGGCAAAUGGCGCUAUUGCCUGCAUGGUGUAAGCAAAGAAAAGAAAACAUUAUUCUUCUAACGCUGGGUUCUCACGUACAAAACGCCGUUAUGGACACUACACAAUGCAUUCGCAUUUCCUCCCAAUUCCAUUGAGGAAGGUGGGGGCAUUUUUGUACUCCCUGGUACCCUAUAAUCGCUGAUGUAUAACUUUACUGCGACUCAGUCAGAGCUGAUGUUGCUGUGGCCCCGAGAAAUAAGUAGAAAUUUACGCCAUUUUUUCUUUGUCGCUACCCUCCACACUCCCCUUUCUACGAAAAUCCCAGACUUUCGGGGUUCCCAGGUUGGCAGGUAUGCAUUUGGAGAAACCUGUACAAGGUGUGUUGUGUACUUCCUAUGAGGACUGUCCCUUUGGACUGGUGGGCUUCAGGGGCCGGUUUUACUGCGCUAUCCAAUGGGCAAGUGCGAAUUUCCUACACAUGUGUUGCCCACACUGUUUGUAAUGGCUAUUCUGUCCAAUAAGGGCGCCACCAAAGUUUUGAGACUCCUUCACUUGAUCUCUCAACACCACCGGUCAACACGAAGUGGUAGAAGUGCGAGACUAAAACUUUUUUUUCUUUUCUCAUUGUUGUCCUUGAGACAAAGUGUUCUACACCAGUGCACAUGCUAUAACUGUCAGUGUUGCUGGCCUACGUACCAAGAUUAAACCAGUGUUUGUUUCUUUCUGA